AUGACCAACUCUUCCGACGGAAAAACCCUAUUCCCGUGCCCCUCAUCUGUCGAUAUCGCAACCCUCCCCGCUGACCAAGGAAUCAUUACUGUUCUUAGCAAACAGAUUCGCAGGAUCAUACUUGAGGGGGUGCGACCUGCCGAGGCCGAAGCAAUGAAACUCGUCUCCAAGCACACCUCUGUCCCAGUGCCUGGAGUGUUCUCCGCCAAAUUCGGCCCUGACCACGGGAACGAGAAGAGCAAAGAAUCCGUUUGUCUUCAAACAUGGGAUCUAAUCUCCCAGAUACGCGCUAUCCCACGUCCAUCAGAGCUCGAAGAUCUUCUCCAAUGUGCCGCCGAUGGCUCCACAACAAGGGAUCCAAUGCUUGAGGACCUGCAAAAUCCAGCCAUACCCUUGACGAAUGAUUCGGGUUUGCGGGCUCGCAUCGUCGAGCGCUACCUUCAUUUCGAGGGUCGUCGGUAUGAACAUCAGUUACAUGACAUGCUGCCGCGGUCUGGUAGUACAGUAUUCACGCAAGCCGAUAUUGCACCUCGCAAUAUCAUGAUUGAUGAGCAGAAUAGCGUCACGGGAAUUCCGAGACCUGCUCUCUGGGGUGACUGGUCGGUGUGGAUGGAUCGGACUGCGCCGCGGAGAUGGAAUAUUAGUGGAAUUGAUGCCGCCAGGCGGGUCUUGUUUUAA